AUGGGCAAGUCCGCCGCGACCCCGCGCCGCAAGCCCAACGUGCUCAUCACCGGCACCCCGGGCACGGGCAAAUCCUCCCUCGCCGAGCGCGUCGCCGCCGCCGUCGAAGGCUUCAAGCGCAUCGACGUCAGUCAGCUGGCGAAGGAGCAGGACAUGCUCGAGGAGUUCGACGAGGAGCUCGACACGCAUGUCAUCGACGAGGAUAAGGUUUUGGACCACAUGGAGGAGCACGGCCUGGGCGGCGACGCGGGCGGCGUGGUCGUCGACUACCACGGCUGCGACCUCUUUCCCGAACGAUGGUUCGACCUGGUGGUGGUGCUCACCUGCGACAACGCCGUGCUGUACGACCGGCUGCAGGCGCGGGGGUACUCGGAUAAAAAGAUCAGGGGCAACGUGGAGUGCGAGAUAUUCCAGACGUUGGUGGAGGAGGCGCGGGACUCGUACGAGGAAUCCAUCGUGAAAGUGUGCGCCUCGGACACCAUCGACGACAUGGAGGAAAACGAAAAGGCGAUUGUGGAGUUCGUCGGCGCGUGGAAGUCUUCGGUGUAA